AUGGAUGCUAUCAGAAAACAAGCUUCGAAGCUUCGAGAACAAGUCGCUCGUCAACAACAGGCUGUUUUGAAACAGUUUGGUGGCGGUGGUUAUGGAGGUUCAGAUAACAUGGUUACCGAUGAGAGAGAGCUUCACCUACAUCAGAAACUCGAGAAACUUUAUAUAUCAACCCGUGCAGGGAAGCAUUAUCAGAGGGACCUUGUUCGUGGAGUAGAAGGUUAUAUUGUUACCGGAUCCAAGCAAGUUGAAAUAGGAACAAAGUUGUCCGAAGAUAGUAGGAAAUAUGGUGCGGAAAAUACGUGUACCAGUGGGGGUACAUUAUGCAGGGCUGCACUAAGUUAUGCACGAGCCCGUGCCCAAAUGGAGAAGGAGCGUGGAAACUUACUAAAAGCUCUUGGUACACAGGUUGCAGAACCCUUAAGGGCAAUGGUGAUGGGAGCUCCAUUAGAAGAUGCUCGGCAUCUCGCUCAACGUUAUGAUAGAAUGAGACAGGAUGCUGAAGCCCAGGCUAUUGAAGUUUCUAAGCGCCAAGCAAAAGUAAGAGAAAUGCCAGGCAAUUCUGAGAAUGCUAUGAAAUUAGAAGCAGCAGAAGCAAAGCUACAAGACCUGAAGACAAACAUGACUAUAUUGGGAAAGGAAGCAGCUGCAGCAUUGGCUGCUGUUGAAGCACAGCAGCAGAGGUUAACUCUUCAACGUCUUAUAGCUAUGGUUGAAGCGGAGCGUGCCUAUCACCAAGUAGUCAUACAAACUCUUGAUCAACUUGAGGGAGAGAUGAUAUCUGAAAGACAACGAAUUGAAGCCCCUCCUACUCCUAGUGUGGAUAAUAACAUGCCACCACCCCCACCAUAUGAAGAAGUGAAUGAUGUUUAUGCUUCUCAGACACAUAAUGGAUCAACGGAUAGCAUGGGUUACUUCUUAGGAGAGGUUUUAUUCCCAUACUCUGCUGUGUCCGAAGUGGAGCUGAAUCUAUCUGUCGGUGAUUAUAUCGUCAUUCGAAAGGUGACAAACAACGGAUGGGCCGAGGGUGAAUGCAAAGGUAGAGCAGGCUGGUUUCCGUUUAGUUACAUUGAAAGAAGGGAGCGUGUUCUUGCAAGCAAAGUAUCUGAAGUGUUUUAA